AGCCAGAUUCACGCGAGUCACUCACCAAGCCAUCACCGCAUCUCGUGGCUGAGUCUCGAUUAGUUCCCAAGGCUCACCUCGGGAUUCACGCCGAGGCGGCUUCCCUUUACCGACAUGGCUCGCAGGCUCUUACCCAGUUUUGCUUCGUCUGCUUGUUCCACUACUUCAGAGCUUACGCGCUCGUCCCGCACCUAUUCUGCUUCUCCGCUAUUCUCGCCCCCACUAGGUUUGGUCUCCGAGCCAGGCUAGAUCCGCCGUUCGUAUUGGCCAGUUUUUUUGCGGAGCCUCGGAGUUUCGUUUCGCGCAUCGUAGCGAGUCGGCCGUCCAAAUUUUCCGCGUCGAGCCUAACUCAGCCUGGCUCGCGUGGCUGCUGCAAGGCUUGCAACAUCCACCGGCAAACGCAGCCAUUCCUCUGGCAUAAUGCGGGCGGGAUGGCAUGCGUCUCUUGAUUUCGGCGGUGCUGCUGCUGCCUCCUCCUCUUCGACUCCUUCUGCUUCUUCCUCCGCUGCUGCUGCUGCUGUUGCUGCUGCGACUGGUAUUGUGGGUGCCGAUGUUGUUGCACGUGCCCCUGUGGUCGCUCUGACUCCUGCACCGGAUGACGGCCCGUACACGAGAGGUGAGCUCGUUCCCAGCGCCCCAGACAGCGGGGUGGUGGAUGCAGACGCAGAGGAACCAGCAGCAGACGCGGACGAGUCAGCGGCAGACGCUCCAGCGCCCACACCUGUUCCAGUAGACGAGGCAGGAGCCCCAGAACCAGCGGCAGCAGCAGCAGAAGAGGCAGGAGAAGCGGAGACAGCAGCUGCUGUCUCGGAACCAGCAGCUGCUGUCUCGGAACCAGCCACCGCCACCACCGCCACUGCUAUUGGCUCUGCCACUUCUGCCGGCGUUCUCCUACAGCACCGUUCCCAGGGCCUGCUGUCCUCCGUGUGGUGCCGUUUCUCCAGGAGCGCCGCCUGCACUGACGCCAAGGCGGCCAAGGGCGGCAAGGGGAAGAGGGUGUGGCGGGUGCCGGCUGGUGUUGUUGCUGCGCCUAGUGAUGCGUUUGUGCGACGGGUGGGGCGGCAGCUGUGGCUGCGGGGCAAGCCGUUCUAUGUGAAUGGGUGGAACACGUACUGGCUCAUGUACAUCGCCAGCAUUCCCGACAAGAAGAAUCUGGUGAACCAGGCGUUGAGCCAGGGUCGCAGCAUGGGGCUCACAGUGUGCCGCACAGGGGCGUUCUAUGACGGCCCGGGAUGGCAUGCGCUGCAGACGAGCCCGGGGGUGUUCGACGAGAACACGUUCAAGGCCUUAGACUACGUGAUCUACACGGCCAAGAGGUUUGGCAUUCGCCUGCACAUGGUGCUGAACGGCAACUGGGACGACUACGGGGGCAAGAACCAGUACGUCAGGUGGAGCAGCGCGGCCGGGGGAAACCCUCCUGGCGACGACACGGCUUUCUUUGUGGACCCGCUGUGCCGCUCCUACUACAAGAACUUCAUUAAGGCUGUGAUCACACGCCGCAACACAUUCACGGGCGUACUUUACCGUGACGAUCCGACCAUAUUCGGGUGGGAGCUCAUAAACGAGCCCAGAGUCUAUGCUGACCCCUCGGGGGAUGUGCUCCAGGCGUGGAUCACAGACAUGGCAGCAUACGUCAAGUCCCUUGACUCCAACCACCUGCUCUCCAUCGGCUCUGAGGGCUUCUAUGGCCCGUCCACACCUGACCGAGCCAAGGCACUCAAUGCUGAGUGGUGGAUGAUGAACGUGGGGACCGACUUCGUCAGAAACAACAAGGCCCCCGGGAUCGAUAUUGCUUCAGUGCACGCAUAUGCAAACAGCAGGUACUCUGUGUCUGCAUGGAACGACAAGAUGGCGUACUUGAAGAACUACGUGAAGGGGCACCUGGAGGAUGGGGACACCUCGCUCAACAUGCCGGUGCUCAUUGGGGAGUUUGGGCCCGAGAGCAUCACGAAGCUUCCGGACGGCAGCAUGGCGCGGCGCAACGAGGUUUACAGCGCACUCUACCAGAUUGUGCUGGACUCUGCCAAGAAGAGGGGCUCGGCAGCAGCCACAAUGUUUUGGCAGCUCAUGGCAGAUGACCUCCGCUCGUGGGACGAUGGCAUAGCGGUGUUUGCAUCGGACAGCGCCCACGCCAAGACUGUCAGCAUCAUAUGCUCUCAGUCCAAGGCGAUUGCUGCUGCCACACGGAGCUAGACCGGGGCUGAUUGAUGGGAUGGCAGCAGUGGGAAGCCUGCAUAGCGGUGUUUGCAUCGGACAGUGCACACGCCAAGACACUGGGCAUCAUAUCCUCUCAGUCCAACGCGAUUGCUGCUGCCACACGGAGCUAGACGUUGGUGCAGAGUUCUAACUAGGGGACAACAGCAUCAUCUAUGGAGUUUGCACCGGACAGCGCACAUGCCAAGACUGUGAGCAUCAUAUCCGCCCAGUCCAAGGCGAUUGCUGCUGCCACACGGAGCUAGAGCCGUUGACAGUUCAACCCAACAGUCAGAAGUAGGUACAAGAUUCAAGACAGCGCAACAGCAAGGACAAAUAUCUGUCCUGGUAUUACAGUACGGGUGGUUACCCGAGUCGCUCUUGUCAAGUCGUAAAAGAAAAUGUACCCCUCGAAGUGCAUAAACAGUUAGACUCUUCAUAUUCUGUUGAAUUACUACCGUAAACGCCCGGAUAUAAGACCGGUUUUAUUGAAGACCCAUAGGGUGCUUUUGGCGGGUAAGUCUUUUAUUAUGGUCAUCGACUAACAAGACCCUCCCUAAAGGAUGUAGAUGGGUUUGGACCCC